AUGGAAAAGGUUGACCAGCUCAGUCUAGCUGAACUGGCUGCGCGCUUACCCUCCACGGCCGCCUUCCAGCUGGUGCUGCCCUCCUGCGCCCGCCCCGCGCCCGCUGCGCCCAGGCCGCGCUCUCCGGCCGAGGCCGAAGCCCGCGGCCCAGAGGGGCUGCUCCGGCGAUCGGGGUCAGGCUACGAGGGCAGCACCAGCUGGAAGGCGGCCUUGGAGGAUACUACCACACGUCUGCUGCUGGGGGCCAUUGCGGUCCUUCUGUUUGCCAUCCUGGUGGUCAUGAGCAUCCUGGCGUCCAAGGGCUGCAUCAAGUGUGAGACCCCCUGCCCAGAGGACUGGCUACUCUAUGGAAGGAAAUGCUACUACUUCUCGGAGGAGCCUAGAGACUGGAACACCGGAAGGCAGUACUGCCAUACCCACGAGGCGGCGCUGGCUGUGAUCCAAAGCCAGAAAGAACUGGAAUUUCUGUUCAAGUUCACGCGGAGGGAGCCGUGGAUUGGCCUGCGCAGAGUCGGGGACGACUUCCACUGGGUCAAUGGGGACCCGUUUGACCCAGACACAUUCUCGAUCUCAGGAAUGGGGGAGUGUGUCUUCGUGGAACCCACCAGGCUGGUGUCAACGGAGUGUCUGACGACCCGUCCCUGGGUGUGCAGCAAGAUGGCCUACACGUGAUGUGGGCGCAGGCCGGGGUGGCCCCUCUGCCCAGGCCCAAGGGCAGUGCCUGUUCUAAACCUGCUUCCAACAGGAGCCGCCACCCUCUCUGAAUGGAAGUAGUGGGGACAGUGGCCUCUGUCCCGACUCAGAUUCCAGAGCUCCGAGGCCCUGGUUCCUGGUCUCUCUUGUCCCCAGGCAGGUCCUGUGGCUUAGCAGUUAUAUCUCAUAUGCUAAGUAGUGUAGACAUCUUGCCCCAUACACACACAAGCACACACAUGUACACACACGCAUACAACACACACGCAAGCUCUUCUUAACAGGUCACCCUUCCUUGGCUCUGCCUGGAACCUUCCUCAGCCCUGGUGCUUUGGGGUAGAUCGGGGCUGACAUGGGUUGUAGGACUUUGGCCUAGACACCUGCCCUCCCCGGUGGCUUCUCUCAGGUUGCUGGGCGAGACGGGCAGGCACAGCUUUCUCCACACCUCGGGGAGAAGAGCCCAUGGCUGACCGCCCAUCUCUCUGUCCUCCCUGCCUUCCCAGGGUCCUCAGGCAGGACCCCUGCUGUGCUGUGGUGCUGUUGUAUUGGUCACUAAAGGAAUAAAGACAUGACU